AUGGAAACACCAAAUAGCUUAGGAAAGAUCUCCGGUUGGGAAAAUAUGGAGAGAAACAUAUUAGCCAAGAUAUUUGGGAUGCUCAACGUUAUCGAUAUCAUCAAGGGGGCGUCUCGGGUCUGUGUCUCUUGGUUCCUAGCUUCUCACGACAAAGCUCUAUGGAAGACAAUAGACCUAAGUAAUCACAAGUCAAUUAUUUCAAGAGAUCCCGAUAAUCUAGACGUUCUGUCUGAUGACGAAGAACACCAAUAUGAGCUCAGAAAUAUAUUGUCUGAGAUAGCUAAAUUUAACAGCUCAGUCACGACAAAUCUAGUUUUUGAUUAUCGUUACUAUAUACAAGAGGAGGAACUCGCGAUCAUUGCUCCAAGGAUGCCAAACGUACAAAAAUUAUCACUGCCGCUUUAUCGUAAUAUAAAUGACAAUUCACUUAUGUUAACAUUCAGCCAGUGGAAGAAUCUCCAAACGUUAGUCAUUACUCAACCUGGUUUACCCUAUUCAGAUGCUAACUUUCGAGCCAUUGGAGAGAACUGCAAGAGCCUCACCAGCCUAAAGCUUAUCCGGCCGUUAAACAAUGACUUAGCCUAUCAAAUUGUGAGUUACUUCUCAAACUUGAAGAAUUUAAGCUUACGAGGUACAGCUUUAUGGUCAAGGGAAUUACUGUGGCUUGUCACUUAUCACCAAAACCUCAAGAACCUAAAUCUUUUACAUUGCUUAUACAUAGAUUCUAAAGGAUUCACUAGAGUAUACUACGAUAAUAACAUAAAGUCGAAAGGUUUAGAUACCGAAAAUAUCGUACAAACUGCCACUCAAAAGCUUGACACGUUUAUCGUGUGUCCAAAUCAUUGCGAGACAUGCAACGAGUUGAGGGGACGUAUGCAGGGUGGUUGGGAUUUUUACUACAACUACUGUUCGUUGUCCAAUGAGCAAUGGAAAACUGAUGAGAUAAAGGAACUUGAAUUUUAA